GUGAAAAAUACAAAUAAAAUACUAAACUAUAUAAAGAGAUUUUAUUAUAAUAGAGAUUCCUUACGACGAGUAGUAAUUCAUUUGACUUUUGUCUACUGAAUAGUAAAGUAGUGUCUCAUUGAAAAGUUUCUAAGACUAGUUAAUUGACUUCACUUUUAUAUACAAUUACUUUCUACGACGAGUAGAUUUAUAUUUAAUUAUCAAUUUUAUUUUUGUCUGUGCCUUAAGUCCCAUUAAAAGACAAUGAAAUUUAUGGUAUUAUCACUGAUUGUCGCCCUUUUGGUGGUCGACUCGUUUGCGGCUAAAUCGGCGGAAACCCGAAAACGCGGCCGAAAGUCAAGUCAGGAACCGGUGGUUCAGACGGAAGAGGUGGAGGCAGUGGUCGAGGAGAAGGUACGCAUCAAACACAACGUCGAAAUAGUAGACCCAGAAGUGGAGGAACUGGAGGCUGAGGUGGCCGUCGAGGAGGAGGAGGAGGCCGAGCCAGAGGUGGUUAAGGCAGAGCCAGAGGCGCCCAAACCCGCCAAAGCGGCCAAAAAGCCUAAGAAGUCAUCGCCGAAGGGAAAGGCCGUAAAACAGGAGAAAGCAGUGGCGGAGCCGGCCGUUAAAGAGGUGGCAGAAGUGGCCGAACCCGAGGCGGUCGCCGAGGAAGAGGUGGUCGACGUAGUGGUGGCGCCCAAGAAGAAAAAGGGAGGAAAGGGUGAGAAGUCCUGCGGAGGCGUACAGAAGAAGGGCUCGUCGGAGGGAACGGCAGUGGAGGCCGAGGCCGAGGCGGAGGAGGAGACGGCCGCUGCCGGCGCUGAGGAGCAACAGUCGUGUCAGAAGAGCGAGAAGAAGGACGUGAAGAGCGGCUCCAAGACGUCGACGAAGAAGACUGAGAGCCAGAAGACUGAGGGAAACGAGAGUCCGAAGAACCAGAAGAAUGGGAACCAAAAGAAUAAUCCGAAAAAUAAUAAGAAGAAUGAGAGCCAAAAGAAACAGAAGCGAAGUGUCGACCAAAAGGGCGCUCAGAAACAGAAGGGAAAGGGAGGAAAGGGCGCAAAGGAUGCCAAGUCUGGCGGCAAACAAAAGCAAAAACAACAGUCAAAAGUGGUCGACGUAGUGGUGGCGCCCAAGAAGAAAAAGGGAGGAAAGGGUGAGAAGUCCUGCGGAGGCGUACAGAAGAAGGGUUCGUCGAAGGGAACGGCAGUGGAGGCCGAGGCCGAGGCGGAGGAGGAGACGGCCGCUGCCGGCGCUGAGGAGCAGGAGUCGUGUCAGAAGAGCGAGAAGAAGGACGUGAAGAGCGGCUCCAAGACGUCGACGAAGAAGACUGAGAGCCAGAAGACUGAGGGAAACGAGAGUCUGAAGAACCAGAAGAAUGGGAACCAAAAGAAUAGUCCGAAAAAUAAUAAGAAGAAUGAGAGCCAAAAGAAACAGAAGCGAAGUGUCGACCAAAAGGGCGCUCAGAAACAGAAGGGAAAGGGAGGAAAGGGCGCAAAGGAUGCCAAGUCUGGGGGCAAACAAAAGCAAAAACAACAGUCAAAGGGUAAUGAGCGCCGGUAG